GGUUAUAUAACCGACCGGUACUCCUUCUCCCUCACAUGCCCGUAUUGCGAGCGAGAUGCGUUCUGGCUCGAGUGAGACGCAGCAUGUUGCAUUAAAUUUCGAUCCUCUUCUGUAAUAUGUUUUGUCCAAUCGCGUCGGAUCUUCGCGUGUUCCGGUUCUUUGUCAUCAAUGGGUCGCCGGGCGAGUCCAUUUCGAGUGCCUCUUAUAGUUCUUUUACGAGAUAUCCUAGUCGAAUGUGGAAAGAGGAAAAGCGCCGGCGGCAUCCGCAUGUAAUAAACCGACCGCUCGAUAACGCAUUCGCGUCGGAAGCGAAGUAUUUAGCGCGAUAGUCUUUAGGACCUUUCGGCAUUAAUGAGUCGUGCCCACUUCAGCUGACUGCGUCGUACGCGAAGCUACUCUACCUACUCCAGUAGUAGUUCGGCGUUCGAGCCAGGCGGUCGGGUUGCACGCGUGCCCGAGCAAAGCGGAUAUGUCGUUGAUGUUUAAAAUGUUUAUAGAACGUUUCCCAUAGGCGUGACGGUAUUUCAUUGGCUACAAAGACGACGUGAAGUCGUGAAGUGCUCUGCAGAGGCAGCGACGCGGCGAGCCGGCGAACGACUAGCGAGUGCGGGACAAGGCCCGAGGCUCAAUAAUGCUCAAAUUUCUGACCCACAAGUUGCGAACGCAUUCGUUGAAUGAGGAGAACGUUUCCGAGAAGGUCGAGGAGCGGGACUCCGGCACCGAAUCGGACGACGAGGCCGACCGCGGUGACACCGGUGAUUUUUGUACCGACGUCAUCAUGAAGUGGAACGAUGUAACAGAUAUCAGUAUGGGCGGAGAGGCAUGUGCGUGUGCGCCGACGCCUCAGGCGCUACCAGACCCCGAGCCAGAUCAGCUCUACGACCACCACUCUUCAGAAGAAGAGCUAGAGGUCAUAAACGGGGCGCCGUGCGGAGCGACGACGGAGUCGCGGCGGCGCGGCGCGUCCUCGCCCCCGCCCGCGGCGCCCGAGAAGCGCAAGUGGCCCGCGCAGCCCUACGACGCGGACGAGCCUGCUCGCGUGCACAGCUCCGACGACGACGACACUAAGGUGGAGACGCCAGUCAGGUUCCGCACGUCGCCGCCGCUGGAGGCGCUGAAGCCGCGGCGCGCAGGCGCGGGCGCGGGAUGUGCGUGCGCAGCGCGCGCGCCCGGCUCGCCGCGGCGGCGCCGGGCCGCGCUGCCGCCGCCCCGCAGGCACCGCCCCGCGCUAGACUUUGAUAAGAUGCAGCAGCUAAAGGUGGGCGGCGUGCGCUCAUGGCGCGGCGUGGGCUCGCACGCGCAUGCUCAUGCGCAUGGCGGCGAGCUUUCCGUCUUCUGCUGGUGAUAGCGCGCAGUGAGUCGUGGUCCCCCUGCGUCGCGUCCCCGGGCCGCGGGCCGCGCAGCGCCGCGGCGGCGGCCGCGGCUCGGACCGCUCCCUAGAUAUCCCAGCACCGUUCCAUAUCAUUGAUAACUGUACACGACAUUUUGAUCUUUUUAUUGCUGACGUUCCUUUUGCACUCAAUAAUGAUACAGUACAAAAUAACGAAAGACUUUAAUAUUGUAACGCUUGUACUAGACGGACGGGGCGGAUCCGACGCGACCGCGGGUGGAGCUGGGCCCUCGCCGUUUGGGUGCGGGCGAAGUUCUUUUCUAUUUCUUUACGUAUAAGACUCAACUUUCACCUAUCGUUACUUCGAAUCGCACGUUUCGACUAAUUCGUUUACACUACGUUUUUGGGGGUAGAGGUGUUUAGACACGUGUCAUAACUUACAAGUUGUUGCCGGUGUUUAGUCCCAAAUAAUCUUAUUUCUCAAAGAUAAAUAAUACGACGCUUCCUGUGGCAUGUUUUGGUCGGUGUAGAUACAUGAUGUUAGAAUAUAUGUGUUAGGGCAAUGAAGUUUUAGUUGAUGAGAGUAAUUUCAUCUUAACUUGGUGUAUUUGUGUAGGGUCGUGCGUCGCGUCGGAUCCGGUGACGCCUUUUACAGAUAUAUCGUACGACCGUCACAUUAAGUAGUAUUUUUGAGAUAUUUACUGUUUUUGAACGUUGUGUUAACACUGUUACAAUGAUUUGAACGUUUGUAUUAGACGCGGUGACAUUAUAAAAUAAUAUGUAGGUCACAUAUCGGAUCAAUGUGUUACGUAUCUACAUGACUCGUAUUAUUUGUACCCGUAGUUAAAUUAGGUACGAGUAUUCUUUAGGAGGCGGCUUAUUAAGUGAAGAUGUCGACUACAUUAUUUAAAUAAAAAAAUAUUUGCGAUAUUUAACUGUCGACUGAUUAGUUGUAUUAAAUCAAAAUUUGCAGCAUCUGAAAUUAUGUCCUAUACGGUACACUAUGUGUAGACGCGGAACAUACGAGUAUUAGUAGGCUUAGCACAGGAGCGCCCCGACAGUAUCUCGCCCGAGAGAUAGACUACCGGUCUCUCUCUAACUAAUAAAGUUAGAAAAAAAUGGGUAGUCUAUCUCGCUCGCGAGAUAUUGUCGCGGCGCUCCCGUGCUAAGCCUACAGAAACUAGUAGUAUUUCUUUACCAGACACACAUAACAUGUGAGGACUGAGGAGUGUCUUUUCAAAAGGGUUCAUUUUUGUAUAGAUUUCAUAGAGAAAUAAGCCCUUUUGAAAAGACACUCCUCAUGUGUGAAGGAAACUUCAAACUCUAGUAGGUACAUAUCCAUCGUGUACUCAACUCAAACAAUGUACCUACAAUUAAUGAAUUUGUAGUUUUGAGUCGGGCGGCACGACAUCGGCAUGUAGCUAGCUUCUGUACUUACAUUACAUAUGAUCUUAUAAUGUCACCGAAUAGACUGGAUCUUCCGCGCGAAACUAUUACAAAGAUUUAUUUAAUUUUUAAUUUAGCGAUGCCAUUGCUAGCUACAUCCCAAAAAAUAUUUUUGUUACGAGUUAUGUGAUAGAAUGGUAUCUCGGGACUGGAGUCUAUGAAUUAAACUACGACUGUGCCUCUGAUUUACAAGACAGAUCAUAACUGAAGUUAUCUCAGUAAUAAAGUACAUUUUAUUCUUUAAAUUAGAUGGACAGCCGUUUUUUUAUUAAGGACCCUUAAAUUUUUAAUGAUUUGAUCUCGAGCCACGGCCCAAUCUUCGCUCGCAGCGGAUAUUAUCCUUUUCUGCUCGACUUAGAUUGACGCGCGUGGUUCCUACAUAGAUUUUAUAAUAUUUUAUCAAAAUAAAAUGUCAAUUGUAUGGGAGGAUGAGUUUGCGCCAAAUCGUUUAGGGCUAUUUUCAGAACCUGAAUAAAUAUAUGAGUAUGGGCUGUUAUAAAAUGUUCAUCAAAUAGGUCAAAACUUAUCUAUCACGUAAACGGAACUUAAUCACGUACAAAUAAAUUUAUUUACUUUUUCGACAAAUCACCAAGACUACCCGUACAGUAGUAGUGGUUAGAACAACCCGCGCAGCUAGAGCAUGCUGAUUAGUAGGUACUUAUCGACAUGUUCUAGCAGAAACUUGGUACAAUCCCUCGCAAUCGUGUGCCUGCGACCAAGGCGCAAUUUCAAGCUAUAGAGUUUGAAACGUCAGGAAAAACCAAGUACGCGAUUAUUUGCCGUUAAAAUAAUAUGCGAAAAUCGUGAUAGGUACAUCAAUACUUAUACUUUAAACCUAGUUGGGGGUCAAGUCAAAAAUGGGAGUACCUAUACGGGGCAGUAUGAGCUAGGCGCAAGCUCGUCGUACAAGUUUUGUCGGUUGUAUUGUACCCUAGUUGUAUGUUAUAGUAGUUUUAUUUAGCAGAGCUAAACUUUUCGUUACUCGUUGUGUUAAACGGGAUUAAAGUGGUGCAAGUGGAUUCAGUGAACUUAACGAUAAAGACAAUUUAACAAAUUAAUACCUACGAUUAAAAUAAAGUACUAAGACUUUUUUUAAAUAGCUUGGAAGAAGAUUGUAUGUAUAGAUGUAAGGUAGAAUAAGCAUAAAUAGAUGUAGUAGGUAUAACAAAUUGUAAGGCAGAAGCCAGCUCUUGAAUUUAACUUUUUGUGUUGUUUAAUCGCGCAUUAUUGACGAUAUUUGUUACGAUGCACCUUCCGUUCGAAAUAGCGCUUCAACGGAGGCGUUAGCCAGGGCCGCAUGCGACAUUUUGUAAGUUUUGUUUGUGUUCUUUACCGAAUUAGUAGAUAAGCUAAAAUCCACAAAGUAUUUUCAGUCCAUCGCAAUACAUAUAUAUUAUGAUUAACUCUACAUCACCUACAGGGAGACUUCAUCUCGAUAAAAUGACACGUGUAACGUGCCUACCACAUUUAAAAUAACCAUAUGGUAACCACGUCACUAUGAUUAGUCGAAGUCUCUUCUCAUCUAGUUACUGACGCGGUAAUGAUUCAUUUUGAUUGUCGAGACUUGUAAUUAUUUUUGUUAUGAAGAAACAAACAAAAAAAAAAUUACAAAUCUCGAAACUACCUAUGCUUACGAAGUAUCUUGAGCGAGUAAACUUGCUGUUUGGAAUUUUGAUAUCCCACUGAUGCUCGACGGCCGAUUUUAGGUUUACCUUCUAUGCUGAUAUGAAUAGACAUAAUAAAUAUCGCAUGCGGUAUUGCCACCGUUGUAGCACCAUGUUGUGCGCACAUAUAUGGGCCUUGGCGCCGAAGCCCUGCAGUGGGCCCUUUUAGUUAUACCUUAAAAUUGAAGAAUUAAAAGGCGGCAGGUCGUGAACUUAAGGCCGUACACACGAGCACUUUAUCAACGCGUUUUAAAAAAGCGCUUGAAGCGUUUGAAUGACACAAAUGGAUACAUCUGUAUUUAUUCACACGAUGGCGGUCACGCUUUUUAUCAAGCGUUGUUGGAACUGCGUGCGGGCGGAUUCAAGCGUUUUCCAGAUUUCACUCCGUAUACGUUAUCUGUACACCCUUAACGCCUUCAAUAUGCAAUGAUGUAGAUGCAUUAGGAUACGGUACGUGGGAAAAAUACAAUUUGAUCCCCUAAAAUUAUGCUAUUUUUAGGGAAAUGGGGGAACACUUAGCUAUAGGUCUGUGGUGAUGUUACAUCCGCAUCCGGAUAGCUUUGUGUCGAAAGCUCAGUUUCCAACAUUAAUCAGUCAAGAAGAACUGAUACUUGAUAGGUAUACUCGUAUUGGAGGCAGAUUUUGAUUUAACAAAUUGUUAAGGUUUUCAUCUUGUUUUGACACGAAAUUGAGUCUGCCUCCUGUUAUGAUACGGUGUACAAAUGUUAAUUAACAUUUAUCGUACACAUUCCGAGACUGACAUUAAUGCCGGAAACUUUGUAGCAAUCAUGUGAUGAUUUGUGGUAUUUUCUAUAAAAAGGGACCUUAUUGUCGAUGGCGCUUACGCCAUUAUAAACGAUGCUCCGAUAUAAAUACAAUGCCGCGUAACGCUGUGCGGCGUAAGCGCCAUCGCCAUUAAGGUCUCUUUUCAUAGAAAAUGCCCCAUUUGAUGAAAGUAGAUUUUGUAUGGAUAUUGGUCAACUGUAUAUUUUUGUUCAUGUAAUCUAAUCACCAUUUGAUUUACAUUUAUAGUAAUUAUAAUGCUGUUGCCUGAUAAGAUAAUUCUAAAAAUACCCCAGAGUAACCACCUGUUCCAGUUUUUCAGAUGUAAUACUGGAAAAUAACCAGUAUUUAGUUUGUAUAAUUAUUCAGUAUACUUAUUUACUUAACCCUAAUUAUCAAUCUGCAGAUAAAAUAUAAGGGCCUGUUUCACAAUGUCCAAGUAAAGUCCUGAAUAAGCUACUUGCAACUUAUCUGACGAAUAGUCAUCGUUGGCGUUUCACAAUCUUCAAAUAAGCUUAACUGGUAGAUAAACAUUUUUACAAGUUGAGGUAGCUUUAUCUGGCAGUUAAUUUAUUUUUUAAUUAUCCAAUACUUUACUCAGACUUGUAUUGGCCGUUAUGUAGUGAAGACUGUUUGGUAGUUACUCUAUUUACAGGUGGACAUCCUGGAUUCCACUCAUAUUUGAACAGAAUUAACAACUUCUGUAAUAAAAAUUCUAUCCUUAUCAGGUACAAGUCUACUGUUGUUUUCUUAAUUUUGAACCUCAAAUGUUUAACAAUAAAGGUUUUUAUAGAGGAAACGUUCAUGUUUCAUGUGUCUUUCAAGCUUGGCCUACCGGGCAGUCCGUGGGGCCCGCGGGCGCGGAGCAAUCAGUGAUAUUUUACAAUAAAUUAUUUUGUUUUUAUAUAUUGAAUUAACAAGCGUAAUAAAGAGUGAGCAAUGGCACAUCUUAA